AUGAAUCCCGAAUGGAACAUCAAGUUCUUGAUCGUUGCACCGGGAGGUGUGCGCACGAAUUUUGCAGGUUCAGGCCUCAAGCUUGCUUUUCGACAUCCAGCAUAUGAGUCUCCCACCAGCCAAUUUAGCCAGUUAAGGGAGUAUAUCACUAAUCCGGCUUCCCAGGAUACAUGGAGUGACCCGGAUGUAUGUGCUCAGUUGUUGUUUGACGCGGUGACUGGGCAGAUUGAGAAGCCCCUGCCAACGCGGUUGCUCAUGGGUGCCGAAACCAGUCCCUUGAUCUAG